AUGACAAGUGUGUGGCGGCGAAUACAAAAAUCGAAUAAAAAAUCAGUCAAAUAUCGUUUUAUAAUUACACCACAAGAAUUAUUAAUUAUAUGCUCCACAAAUUGGCAUCCGCAAAGUGUGGUCGUAACUUGUAUGCACAGGAGGCGAAAAGUGGAGGGGCGAGUACGACGAUGGGAGAGCAGCAUGACGGAUCCCUGUCGAGGUUUAAUUGUUUGGCCGUCGCAGACACCGGAUCCGUUACUUUUCGACACAACACUAUAUUGCGACGAUUCAUCUCAUCAUUAUAGCGAUAAGGAAUGGACUCUGUUGGUGGAAGAAUGCACACGAAAAGGCAAACGAAAAGCUAUCGCUGCUGUCAAUUUAAAUAUGCCCCUUUUCGUUCAGAAUCCAGAGACCGUAGUUGAGCUGAAAUUGAAAUUACGACCGCUGUGGCCAGAACUGUCUCAUUGUUCAAUGCAAAUUUUAAUAUCAUCAAUCCUUAUCGGUGAUGAAGAAACGAACGAUUUCAAUAUGAAAAGAGAGAUAUCAAGUGUUGACGGUGGACAGAGAGCUAGCAUAGCUGGUGAUAUUGCAGAAACGGAACAACGAACUAGCAGUGCAAAAGAAAGUGCAGUCGUUACAAGUUACUCAAUGAAUUUAAAUGACCUUGAGAGGCCAGAAACGAGUGAUGAAGAAAAAGGGGUAGAUUUGGCAUCUCAAAUUGAAAAUGCGUACAAAAGUAAUGGUAUUAUUGAUAUACGUGAAAGGUUUUUUGACCUCAAUCACAGUUAUUCUACGAUUCAAGAUGCUAAGGUGACAAAUGCUGCUGAAAGGAAUAAAUCAGCACAUGUAGAUGCUAAUGGAUCUGAAGAUGGGAGGCAGGAUGCACCCCGAACACUACUGAUUGAUCACAUGUCGCAACAGGAAUCGAAAUCAAGUGAACGAGUGAAAACCGAAGUUAUUGAUGUAGGCUUUCAAGCGAAGAAUACAGACAAAUCUCCGAAUUUAAAUCUGGAAAAAGAACCUAAAGCAUUACCUGCCAUCAUGGAAGGGGAGGAUCUUCUUGCAUGGUGCCAAAGGGUAACCAAAGAUUAUCCUUCGAUCAAAAUAACCGACUUUACGAAAAGCUUUCGCUCAGGCCUUGCAUUCUGCGCAAUUAUUCAUCGUUAUCGCCCAGAUUUACUUGGACCGUUUAGCAAACUGAAUUUUACAGAUUCACACAGCAAUCGUCUUGAGAAUUGUCGUAAAGCAUUGGAUGCUGCUGCUUUGAUUGGUGUUGAAAAGAAGCUAGAUGCUGGUAUAACUGUAACAUUGCCGGACCGGAAUGAUGUUCGAUGUUUCUUGUCUGAACUACGCAUGCGUCUUGUAGAUGUUCCGGCUAUGAAACGUGAAUCGAGCGUGAAUGAAUCGGACUAUCGAAUAUCUGCACUCUUCAAUCUUUCAGAAUCGGAAACCAGUGUUAUGAGGGAGCUUGAAAUUCUUCGCAGACAGCGUGAACGUGACGAAGCCAUCGAUCUGACCAAUAUCAUUGAUGAAGAUCGUACGAAAUUCAGUUCGGUUGUGCCAGGCUCUCAGAAAGUGGACGAUAUGGGAAAUAAAGAAAUUGAAGCAAGACCACGGAAGUUGAAUGAUCCGUUCGAUUCUGAUUCUGAUACAGAAAAUGUUGGUAAUUGCUCGACACCAAUGGUGCGUAAUUCAAAUUCAAGGGUUACUUCAAACAUAAAUGCCGGUACAAAGGUUGAUGCUCGUCCGAUUUCAUCAAUUGUUACAACGCGUCAUGAUGAGCUGAUAAAAAAGCGUCAGCAAAUAUCCUCUACUUCACCUAUAGUUACUGAUUCGAUCGAUGCAACUGCGCGUGAGAGGCGACAUCGCGAGGAGGCUCGACGCUUGAUGAACGAUGCUGCUUCUGAUGGUGUGACACUAGUACUUGGUGGUAGUGCACCGACAACAGCUCAUCAAUCACCGGGAGUGGCAAAAACGUCUAGCUUGCUUCGAAAGCUGUCGACAUGCACCAGUGACGAGGUUGCAAGAAGCUACUUGCAUACACUUGAAUUGGUUACUCCAACGGUAAAAAUUUACGACUUCAAAAAGAUUCAGCCUUCUCCAACUUUUCAACGUGAAAUAUAUGAAGCACCAGUUACUGCGCCACAGGAAAGACUUACUCGAAAGUUAUCAAACGGCAAUGCUGAUAUACAAAAAAACAGCCUUGGUGUUACGCUGGAUCGAGCGAAAAGGUAUGGCAGUAUGAGAGGACAGGAAUUAAUUGAAAGCGUGGCGAAAGUUGCUGGACGAGCGUUUACACCAUCUUUAUCAGCUUCGGAAAAUCCUGUAAGCGUGACACCAACACGAAAACUAAUUUCUCAAUGGGAGAAAGAUGGUGCAGAUUUGGAAAAGAUUCAAGCAGAGUUGAACCGUCUUUCGAAAUGUUUGGCGCAAGUUUCCGGUGAAGAUGAAAUUAUUUGUUCACAGCUCAUGAAAGCAAAGGUUUCGUCGGAAGAAGAGGAACGUUUGUUGCAAGAACAUAUGAGGUUGCUGACAGAGAAAGAUUCCAUUGUUAGGCGAACAGAAUACUUUAAUGUUCUGGAGCAGUUACGUGAGGUGGAAGAUGAAAUAACAAAGCUGCAGCAUGAAUUAGGCUCUGUUUCCACUAUUGACGAAAUUGAUAAGACUGAAGAAGACAAGCAGAGAAUUGAUAAAAUGAUGGAUGAUUUGGUUGCGCUGGUGAACAGAAAAGAUCGCUUAUCACAGAAACUGAUAAACCAUGAAGCUGAAGAUGAAGAGAUAGAUGAAAGAGAUCGAUUAACUCUAGAAGCAGCUGCGAACUUUUCACGUGGCUCCGAACAACCUUUAUCGGCUUCCAAAAGAAUAAUAACCUGGAUUCGGUCCGAAAUAUCUAGUUGA